AUGGAAGAUUUGAAUGUUUUAGAAAAAGGAAAGAAUAAGAAGAAGAAAAAAAAAAAAUCACGGAGUUCUUAUAAAAAUAAUGAGAAAAAAAACAAAGAUAAAAAUAAAAUUUGUGAAAAAGAAUUUGAACAAUCAUACAAGGAACAAAUAGAAGAAAUCGUGGCACUUAAUCAUAUCUAUUUUCCAAUAUAUGUGGAAAAUCCUGGGCAUAUAAAAAAAUAUGACAUACCAAAAGAUUUAAUGAGUAAUGACAUUUUUUUAAAAAAUAGUAAAGAACUGCAAUCAGUUGUUGUUAUUGAUAUGAAUGAUGAAAUAGACACAGCUAGAUGCUUUAAGUUUUGUAUAUUUUUUAAUUUUGAUAAUGAUUUUCCAAAUUAUAAAGUAACAUUUUGUUAUGAUAAUAAAUAUCCGUAUUCAUUUCCCAACAUAAAUAUAUGUAUAAAUAGAAUAUUAGGAGAACAGGAAAUAAAUUUCAUAAUUUUAAGCAUAAAAAAAAUAUGCGCAAAAAAUUAUGGUAGAAUUAUGUUAUUUGAUGUUUGUAUAUUUUUAAAUGAGCAUAUAAAUAAAGUAUAUAAUGAUGGGUUUAAAAAUUUAUGGGAAGAAAUGAGACAUAGGGAAUAUGAUAUUGACAAAGAAGGAAAAAAUAAAGGAAAUUAUAAUUAUGAAAAACAAGACAAAAGUUGUGAAAAUCAUAUUGACAAUAAUGAAAAUAAUAAUAACAGCAAAAAUGGUAGCAAUAAUUAUGAUGAGGAAGAAAUAUUUGAAACUAGCGAUGAAUGGGAUAGGACAGGUAUUGUAGAAGAAAAUAUGAACAUGUCAGGCAAUGAUAAUGAAAUGACUAAAUCAAUAAAAAAUAAUAAUAUUAAUAAAAAGUAUCCUAUAAAUAAAGAUGACAACAAUAAUAAUAAUAAUAAUGAUGAUGAUAAUAAAAAUUAUUUAGAACAAGAUGAAAAUAGAAAUAAUGAAUUAUAUGGAUCAUAUGAAUAUUUUAUAAAUAUGUCUGAUGUAAAUAACUUGUCUGGUUUUUCAUUUAUUAAUAGUUGCACACUAAAUAAAAAUAUAAAAAUUAGUAAAAAAAAAAAAUAUAAAGAAAAGGUAAAUAAUAUUGCAACAGUAGAAGAUGAAUUAAUUCAAAAAUAUGAUCUUGAAAUUUUUGAAAAAAAAAGAAUGGUAAAAUGUGAAUAUAAUAAUAUAAAAAAUUUUAAUAUUAUUAAAAAAAUACCUAUAAAUUAUUAUAAAAAUAUGCUUAUAGCUAAACAUAUUAUUGACACAAACAUAUAUAUAAUACACACAUAUACAAUUUUAAAUGAAAUUCAAUUUUUAGCAUUUUAUCUAAAUCACAUAUUAUUCUGUAAUAGAGGUUUUAAUUUAUUUUGUAAUAUCUUAAAUGAUGAAACUGAAAAUCAGAAAAAAAAAUACCAACGAAAAAAAUGUAAAAAAAAUGAAAAAAUGUUUAGAGCAUUUUUAUAUGAUCUUGGUAUAAUAAGAAAUGUAGCUAGUAAUGAAGAGGAAGAAAAUUCAAAUCCCGAAACUAUUAACAAUAUUUAUAAUGUUGAUGGGAAUGAUUUAUUUAAUAAAAAAUUACGAAAUAUUAAAACUCAAAAUAGUCAGUUAUUCAAUAAUAAUGAAAACAAAAAUGAUACAAAAGUGGCACCUGAAAAUUCAUAUACCGAAAUGCGCACAAAAGGAUAUGCCACAUUAUACAACUAUGAUAAAAAUAAAAAAAAAAAUAAUAAAAUAAUUGAUUACAAUUGUGUAAAUUAUUUUUGUAGCGAAUAUCAAUUUUAUGCAAAUAAAAUGUGUGUUGUUAAUAGACAAAAUGAAAAAACGUUAUAUAGCAUUUUAAAAGAAUUAAAUAUUUAUCGCUUAAAAGAAAUUAUUAAUCACUAUAAAAUAGUUCAAAAGAUGAAUUUGAAAAAAAUAAUUACUGAAUUGGCUAAAUUAUCAAAAAUACAACAUAAAUAUUUAUUUCGAUAUCAUAUUUCAUGGUUAGAAAAAGAGUAUGUUCAGUUGAAUGACAAUAUGGCACAACAAACCAAUGUUCCCAAAAUAAUUGAUUUUAUGACAGAUUUUGUUUUAGCAGCAAUUGGUGAAUUUUCUGAUGUAUGCGAAAAAGAAAACGCAUUUACAAGUCAUAAGAAAAGUAUGCCAAAUAAGGGUGGUGAAAAAAAAAGCAUUAAUGUAGAGAACGUAAUAAAUGAUAAAGAUAAAAAAUUAGAACAAAAUAAAAAUAUGUUAAUUUUGAGAGAUAAUGUCGAAAAAAACGAGACAGAUAAUACUACUAAUAACAACAGUAAUAAUGAUGGUGAUAAUAAAAAGGGAAGUAGUAGCGAAGAUAUAAAAUCAGAGAUAAAAUCAGAGGUAAAUAAUUUGGAUAAAAUAAAAUAUAUAGAAGAUCUGAUAAGCAAAAAAGAUAAAAAUAUAUAUAAAGUUUUAUAUGUUCAAUGUGAAUACUGUAAAGGACAAUUAUUAGAAAAAGAAAUUGAAAAUAAUUUAUUUCAAAACAAUAAAUAUCUUAUAUGGAAUAUUUUUAGGCAAAUUUUAGAAGCCAUAAAUUAUUUGCAUAAAAAAAAAAUAUAUAUUAAAAAUUUAAACACAAAAAAUAUGUAUAUAGAUAAUGAUGAAUAUGGAUCCCAUAUAAAAAUUAUAAAUUAUAGUGUAUCAAAUAUUGUAGAUUAUAUUUAUUUUUAUUAUUAUUCUUAUAUUGAAAACCCUGAUUAUUUUAAUAAUAUUUUUUGUGAAUUUAGAAAAUAUAGCUAUGAUAAUUUCAGUUUUGAAUCACUUUUUAAUUAUAUGAAAAAAAUAAAAAAUGAAAAGACAAUGUUAAAUAAUAAUGUUAGUGAAAAUUUUGAUAAAAAAAAUGAUUUUUAUAUUCAUUCCUAUAAUCAAUAUUUUUACAAUUUUUUAAAUAAAAAAAACCCUAAUUUUGAAGAGUUAGAUAUAUUUUCAUUAGGUCUAAUAUUAUAUGAAUUAUGGCAUCCACCAUUUAAAACAAUAGAAGACAAAUUUUAUAAUAUAAAAAAUAUGAUUAAAAAAAGGAAAUUUUCAGAUCAAUUUAUUAAAAAUGUAAAUAAUGAUGCACUUAAGGUUUUAAAAUAUAUCUUAAUUAAUACAAUAAAUUAUGAAAAUAAUGAAAUAACUAGGAGUUUAGAAUAUCCGCAAAUUUUAUCUUUAAAUAUGAAUGGUUACAAAAAGGAUGGAAAAGGAAUUUCAAAAAUUAAAAAAUUAAAAAAAAAUAAUAAAAAUAUAUUAUCACAACCAACUUAUAUUAUUGAAAAUAAAAGUGAUAGCAAAAGGGAAGAUGCGUUAAAAGAUAGUUUAAAUGGGGCUGACAAUUUAGACGUGGCUAACAAUUUAGACGUGGCUGACAAUUUAGAUGUGGCUGACAAUUUAGAUGUGGCUAACAAUUUAGAUGUGGCUAACAAUUUAGAUGUGGCUAACAAUUUAGAUGUGGCUAACAAUUUAGAUGUAGUUAAUUGUGAUCACGUUUUUGAUAAUGAAAACGUGAUGGGAAAUGGUGAGAAUAUCGAAAAAAUAACAGCGGAAAGACUUUUACAGUCUCCUUUAAUACCUAUGGUAAUUCAAAGAGAUUUAUUUAGAUAUUUUUUAGAAAAAUUAAAAAACAAUUCUCCUAGUGAAUGCAAUAAUGUUAUAAAUAGUUUAUUAUAUAACACUAACAAUUGUAAUAACAAAAAUAGUAACAUGAGCAAUCAUAUAUAUAGUAAAAAAUAUUUAUUUGAAACAAAUAAAAAUUCACACAUUUAUACAAAUACAAGAACAUAUAAAUAUGAUAUUAUAAAUAGUUAUAUUUUUGAAUACUUUAAUGAUGUAUUGUCUAAAAAAUUUUGUACAUAUAAUCAGCCAUUAGUUUUUCAACGUGUUAUAAAAAGAGAAGAUCCUAAUUUUGAUAAUAUAAUAAAAAAAAUUGAAUUAAAAAAUGGAAAAAAAUCAUAUAUAUAUACAAAAAAACAAGGAAAAUAUGGAAAUAAAAUUAAGAAAAAAUUAUAUAAUGAUAGUUUUGAUUCUAUAUCAAAAGGAAUCAUGUCAAAAAAAAAAAAAAAAAAAAAAAAAAAUGAAUAUAUUACCUACUCAUUUGAUGAGUAUAGACCAAAAAAUAAUAACAUUUUUAAAACAAAAGAUAUUAAACGAAUAAAUAAAAAUGGAAAGAAAAGUUUUGUAGAAACUGAUCAAGAGCAUGAUGUGGAUGUUUAUUGUAAUUCCUUUAUAACUGAAACGAAGAAAGAUGAAAAUUAUUCUGAUAAAAUAAUGUAUGAUAUCUUAAAUAGAUUUAAUAACAAACUUGAGCUAAUAGAUAAAAAUAAUAAAUUAUUAUAUAUGCCAAUAUAUUUAUCAGCAGGGCAUAUAAACACUUUUUAUAAUUUUCCAAAUAAUAAAAAUUUGAUUAGUUAUUUCACUUUUUUUCAAAACUAUUUUAUUCAAAAUAAUAAACAAAAAAUAGCAAAAAGAGAAAAUAGUAUAUUAUACACUAACAUGAUAAUAGAUAAUGGCCACACUAUCAAAAGUAGCCAUAAUGUCAAGUGUAAUGUUUUUUUUAAAGACGCUAAAAUAGAGAGUGUGAAUCUUGGUAGCAAUGUUUAUGAAGGCAAAAGUGGCGAAGAUGGCAAAAGUGGCGAAGAUGGCAAAAGUGGCAAAGAUGGCAAAAGUGGCAAAGAUGGCAAAAGUGGCAAAGAUGGCAAAGAUGGCGAAGAUGGCGACAUGUACUCCGAAAUUAACAUCUUCUUUUGUAUAUACCAAUUAAUUAUAUUAUAUAAUGUACUUGACAUUCUUCAACAUUUUGAAUGGUAUAUAAAUAAACUAAUUGUAAGAUGGUCUUUUUCAAAUUUCCUUUUUAUUAUAAUCAAAGAUAUGUUUUCAAUAGAUUGCAAUGAUACAGUUUAUUAUAUAUAUACAAAAUUAGAAGAAGGAAAUAUAUCCUUAAAAAAAUUAAAAAAAUUGCUUUAUUCUCUUGAUAUAAAUUAUAAUGAGCAUAUAUUAAAAAUUAUGUAUUCAUUAAUACAAAACCGAGAUAACAGAAAUAUUAAUAAUUUAUCAAAAGACAAUUUAUUAUAUACAAUGAAAAAAAUAAAUAAAAUGUAUGAACUAAAAAAUCAUAAAAAUAAAUCAUAUAUUAAUUAUAUUAUAACAAAUAUAAUUUUUUUAAAUAAUAUUUUUCAUCAUUUUAAUAAAAAUUCAAAUUAUAUUUUUGUUUGGGAUUUGUUUAUGAAUAAAUAUAAACAAUUGUUUAACUUUUCUUUUGUUUAUAAUAUUUUAUAUUUUAGUGAAAAUGAUGAAAAAUUAUUAUCAUUAGGUGGAGUUAUAACUAAUGAAUUUGAUAAUAUUAAUAAAAUAAAUACAAAAAAAUCGUAUAAUAUAUUAUUUGAAAUUUUUGUCGACAAUAUAUCCACCAUCAUAUUUAAGAACAUUUUCAAACUCAAAAAUGAAAACACUUUUGACUUUCAUUCCCCAAGUGUUGUAAUAACAACAAAGACAUACAAACUAUUAGUACAUGCCUUUUCGCUAUACAACAGUUUAAUACAAAAUAAUAUUAAGUGUGAGUGCAAGAUAUCCCCAAUUGUUGAGACAUCGAAAUUUGAGCAAGAGUUGCUAAAAUAUAAUCACAUAAAUAUGCAUGUGCAAAUAAAUCAUAAAGUCAAUACAAAUCCUGUUGUAUAUUUUGAUUAUUGUGAAAAUGUAUCAGAAAGCAUAACUCAAAAUAUAUCUGGCCAAAAUAACAUAAGCAUUAUAUAUAGCACUAAUAUUUUAAGAUUAAAUAUUAAAAAGAAUUUCGAAAAUGAACCAUCAGUAAUAAAUUACAUAAAGCAAUUAUAUUCGAAGCGAUAA